AUUAAGAAAGGCCUUGCCGUGCUUCCAAAAGAUUCGUAUUUUUAGGGUUCCAUCUAUUUAGAUUAAAAUCGUAAUCCUAACCUUCUUUAUCGCCAACAAUCCCUCUCUCUGAGAGACGCUCACGAACUCCAAUUGAUCCCCUUAGAAUUUUAAUGGCUUGUUCAUCAUCCAAUUCAAAGCAAGUGUUGUCGAAGUUCUCAGUUUUUAACUCAUUUUCCAUACCUUGCGAUUCUGUUUCUUCCCCUGGCACACUUGAUACUUGUUCAUCCGUUUCUUUCUCAAAUUCCGAUUCGUUCUUGUAACACGAAUACCUUAGUAACCCAACUAACAAAGCAAAGAAGCCGUAACCAUGGGAAAGCGCAAUUCUCAACGUAAAACUGCUGCGAUGUUCGAUAGCGAUGACGAUAGUAGCGUGACUUCGUCGUCAACUGCUCGCUCUGAUCUGAUGUCGGUAUCUGGGGGUGAAGAUGUGCAAUUUGAUCAAGAUUCCUUGCUCGACCAAGCUCUCGAUGCAUUAGACGAGAAAAGGGGUUCCACGAGGGAGAAAGCUUUGUCCUCGAUCAUUGAUGCUUUCAACAGCGACAUGCAGCAUCAGUUUGUGGACAAGAAAUUUGCUACCUUACUACAUCAGUGUCUUGCUUCAAUAAAAAAAGGAUCCAAAAAGGCAUCUGCUAAGGAGAUAGCACUGGCAUCUCAUGCCAUUGGUUGUUUGGCCUUGACUGUUGGAUGUGGUGACAACGCUCGUGAGAUUUUUGAAGAAUCCAUUCGUCCUUUGGAUGAAUCUCUCGCAUUGAGGACAGAUGUUUCAAAGACACCAUCAUUGCUGGAGUGCUUGGCUAUAAUCACUUUUGUUGGAGGGAAUGAUGAAGAAGAAACCGAACGAUCAAUGGACAUAAUGUGGCGAGUGAUUCAUCCUAAAUUAGGUUCCAAUGUUGUUGCAGUCAAACCUUCUGCUGCAUUAAUAACUACUGUGGUGUCUGCAUGGUCUUUUCUCCUCUCUACUGUGAGCAAUUUGAAGCUAAAUUCAAAAAAUUGGCAAAAUUCAAUAUCUUAUUUAUCUAGUCUUCUUGACAAGGAAGAUAGGUCUGUACGAAUUGCUGCUGGUGAAGCACUUGCUCUAAUUUUUGAGAUUGGAGUUAUAGAAAAAUUUUCUGCUGAGUCAAGCGGUGCAAAUGAUACAACUCAAGAAGAAAAUAAACCACAUGAAAGCUACAUAUUUUUACAGGGACUUAGAGGAAAGGUGAUAAAUCAAUGCAAAAAUCUUUCUAUGGAGGCUGGUGGAAAAGGUUCUGCAAAAAAAGAUCUUAAUAGUCAGAGGAACUUGUUCCGAGAUAUCUUGGAUUUUUUUGAGUAUGGUUACUCACCGGAAAUUUCGAUGAAGAUUGGCGGUGAUUCCCUGCAGACAUCAUCAUGGUCCGAAAUGAUACAGUUGAAUUUUAUCAAACACUUUCUUGGAGGAGGAUUCAUCAAGCAUAUGCAGGAAAAUGAGUUCCUACAUGAUGUCUUUGGUUUCUCACCAAAGAGAAAGUAUCUCAAUAACAACGAACACAGAAUGUCUGGUGGUGAAAAGAGAAUGUACAAGUCUCCAAAUUCGGUUUUGAACAAGGCUAGGACGCAAUUACUUAAUAAGCAGCGGUUAUUAUCUGAGGGCAGAAACUUCGGCCACUACGCUGUCGGCAUGGUUGACGAGGAAGCAUGAAUUUGACUGGGGAAAACGUUAAUUAUGUCUCAUUUAAAGAGUCGAUUAUUCAUUUCACAUACAACAUUUAAUAUACUUCAUCUGUACUCGUGCUCUGUCUAGUUCUGUUGAUUAAGACUUUAUCAGUUACUAUGUAGAUUGACACAAGAUUUAUGUUAUGUCAUGAACGACAAGUAAAUAAUAACAAAUAUUAAGAACGGAAUUCUUUUGUCUCGAAAUAUAUAUUGAAGUGGUCUACAAGAUUAAAAAAUGUUACUAUUUACUAACUAAAAAAUGUUUGAUUAAGUUGUAUUUUUAUCAAAAUAUUAUAUUAUCACU